AUGCCCCUCCACUGGUUCGAGACGUUUUUGGAAUGCGCGAUUGCCGCACUUGGUCGCAUGAUUCAAGAUGGUCGGACGCCUUCCGAAUGUUGGGAAAUGCAGAUGGAUCCCAGCAAAGAGAAGAAGUUCUGGACUGACGUUACCACUGACCUACAACACGCGCUCGAAACAAGUACCCCAACGAUGGAAAGUCUUCCCAAGCAACUAUAUGCAAUCUCUGACGCACCCACACCCAAAUUUAUGCUGAUCAUUCGACGUGCUUACAAAAAUAUCGGAUGGAAGAACUUUAUGUGCUUCAUGUUAGAUGCAGCUGGUUCUCUGUCCAAUUUCGCACCAACUGAGACACGUGACCCGUCCUUACGGCGCCCAACUGCCAAGCCACUUAAGUUGCUUCCGCCAUUCAUUGAUGUUUCAACAAUGGAUGCAUUGUUCACGAGACAAGUGGAGAAUCCAACUGACAAGUUUCUCCUAGUUCGUGCCUUAUGGGCUGCAUUGCUUAAGUCUGGCUUGUCAAUUGAAAGGGCAGUUGAAACCACAGAAAUAAAGUUACUUGGCGGCACUACUACUAAAGCGGUUUAUGAACAGUUGGCCAUGGCUAUCGCUAUUAUGUCUGUACUGGUUUCUGUGGAUAUCUCACUUAUCACAUCUGACAGUGAUGCGACACUAGUGAAGGUCCUUCAGUUGUUUGGAGCAUCAUUUCAAUGUGGAUUCGUUGGUGCCGGCCACCUUGGCGAACUUGUUGCAAGGCUUAUCCUAAUCAUCGCAUGGCGGAAAUGCAUACAAAAGAGUCGGGACAAAGAUGGACUUUACACAAGAGAAUUAUCUCUCAAGGAGUUCUUGUCUGCCUUGUUUGGUGAUCUUGAUGCCCUAGUCACAACUAACGAUUCGUGGAAAGGACAAACUAUUACUGGAAUCCGUUCUAUGCUUUACAGGUAG